UCUAUUUUAAUAUAUACAUUUAAUGUAAUAUAUAUUUUUACUGUAGCACAAAAGUUUUUAUAAAAACAUACUGGUAAAUUCUGGGUGUAUAAAUAUUCACCUAUUUGAGUCAGUACUUGAUAGCAGCACCUUCAGUAGGAAUUACAGAUAUGGCUUGACUAAGAUUCUUACCAGCUUUUGAACAUCUGGAUCUGCACUUUUUGUCUGUCCUUAGCAAAAUUUCUCCAGCGCUCAGGUUGAAUCGGGACUUUUGGUGAAUCGUAACUUUAAAGUCGUUCCACAGAUUCUCAAUUAAAUUGAGGUUGGAGUUUUGACUGGGCCAUUCAAAGACAACCAGUAUGUAUUUCAAUUUCUCAAGGGCAAUUUGUUCAGGGCCAUUCCCCCUCAGGAAGGUGCGCCUUCAUCCCAGUCCCAUGUCCCUUCAGACUGAAACCAUUUUUCUAUUAGAAUUGUCCUGUGUUUGAGUCUCUCAAUCCUGAUCUCUUCCUAGCUGCCUUAAUCCUUGGUCUUCAUUUAGACCAUUUUCCAAGUCCAUGUUGAUGAAAACUGAGAUUAUUACCAUAUUAAUAGUACAGAUGGUGUUCUCAGGGUAAUCACCAUGUUGUCUUUGUGCCUCAUAAUAGCAUGUUGUGGCACUCUCAAACAAAAUGAAUGUGUAUCUCCCAUAUGUGCUUUUGCAAACUGCAAAUGGGAUUUGAUAGGGCUUUGUUUCCACAAUGGCUUUCUUCUUCCCAAGCCUUUGAAGAGUCUAGGUGGUAGUUGUUCCAUGACAGUUCCUCCUCGCUCCAUUGUGGAUCUCUCCAGCUCUGUCAGAGUCAGUAUUAACCUCUUGGUUACCUAUCUGACUAAUUCAUUCAAUUAAUUUUGGUGCAUGGCCUUGGCUAGACAGUUUCCCUCGAGCUGUAUUUUUUCUUUGUUAUAGUGAUGGUCAAGUGAAUGUUCAUCAUUCAGGAUAUUUGCUUCUGCAUAAUUUUAUCUCAGAGUUGUUUUGUUUGGUCUUCACGAUACUAUUUCAGAUAUGCUUUGCAGAGGAUUGCUUUCAGCUGCCCCAAAAAUAUGAAGGACUUGACAUGUGUUAGACAGAUUGCCACCCAUUGACACCAACAUAUGGAGGAUUCGAACUUGUUACCACUACUAACAUUGCCACCAAUGUUAUAUUCAGGAGCCUCCUCUGAAUUAGGAUAUUUAGAGAAUCACACGAAACACUUUAUGUGAGAAAAAACAAGAAGUUGUUGUUUAUUUGUUCUUAAACAGUAAAGAUGUGUAGGUAAAAAGGUAAAGGUUUUCCCUGACGUUAAGUCCAGUUGUGACCGACUCUGGGGGUUGGUGCUCAUCUCCAUUUCUAAGCCGAAGAGCCGGCAUUGUCCAUAGACACCUCCAAGGUCAAGUGGCUGGCAUGACUGCAUGGAGCGCCGUUACCUUCCCGCUGGAGCAGUACCUAUUGAUCUACUCACAUUUGCAUGUUUUCGAACUGCUAGGUCGGCAGGAGCUGGGGCUAACAGCGGACACUCAUUCCUCUCCCGGGAUUUGAACCUGGGACCUUUUGGUCCACAAGUUCAGCAGCUCAGUGCUUUAACGCACUGUGCCCCCAGGGGCCCCCAGUAGCGGUUUCAAUAAAAAUGGGUAGCGAUUCCAAUAAAAAAGUUAGGCUUUUCUCUUUAAAAAGAUGGUUUUAUAACUUGAAUUCUGUGGAAAUAUGUUCCUUCACACAGGAACUACAAACAGGACAAUUUAAACAUUUAAAUCUACUUCUCCCGGGAUUUAACACCAGAACCCUAAACUGUAGAGUCUCAAUAUAGUUCUUAGCUUUUCUUCCCUGAAGGCUUUUAACUAUAUUCCUCAAAGAGGUUUCUUUUUAAAAACACAGUUCCCAAAACUAUCUCUAUCUUCACACUCCAAACACUAACCAACCAACUUCCUAACUGAAUGAAUAAUUCUCUGGCUGCAUAGCUCCAACUGUCACUUUGACUCCUGCCCAUCUCCAGUUGCUAAGCAACUCUACCCAUUUACAUCAUCCAAUCAGACUGCACUUCCAGCAAUGGCUGCCUGAUUGCUCCUCCCCCCCCCCCCCCCCCCGCUCUACCCAGUCUCUGCAAGCAAGCCACCUGUACACCGACCUUGUAAGGUAGGCUGAUCCGUUACACUCUUCAACAAAAUCAGGGUCUUCCAGAAACUGGUGCAUGUUAAUGUGGAAUUACAUAUGACUGGUUAUUCCACAUAAACAUAAUGGAUAAGUUUUUCUCACUUCUAACAUAAAUGUAAUUUAAUUAGAUUCUGUAGUUUGUAAAUUAUUAAUUAUACACAUCACAUCUUUUCUAACUUUCCUAUAUUUGCAUUUGCAGGCUCUGCCCUGCCCUAUUGCACCCCUUUUGCCCAAGUCCUCCAACCUCAGUGCACUAGGAAAGGGAAAUAUGAAUUGAGGAAACUUUUCAUAUGGAAUUCUAGCCUAAUACUGAUUUCAUAGGAAUUUGAAUAUGGGACUUCAUGCUCCUGGUGUGUCUCUCAAGGAACUGAAAACUCAGAGCCAGUGUGCUCUUGACACAGUUACAAACUUUUGAAGUAUGUAAGUAAACAUGUAUUUCUGCUUUUGCGCUAUGACCUUAGUUAGAUCCAACAAGCAUUCUCUUUCCACAAAGAUUGAAACCUGAAAAGCAAACAUUUUGAGAGAAUUGGCAUAUAUCUCUGAGUAGAGAUAUAUGUAUUUUUGGCUAGUUGCCGAAAGAUAAUGUGGAUUUUAAAUCCUGACUUUAAUCUCAAAUUGUCUCCAGGAGAAAGGGGUGACUGGGGCUGAUAACAUUGUUGUUAACAUAUCUGCUUUAAGAUGUUCCUCCAAAUGAUGUUUCUGUGUUGCCUUAGUUGAAAAGAAUUGGUCUCCUACAAAUAUUAUCAAAAUGCUAUCCAGCACUGACAUAUUCCCUGCUGUAACUUUAAAAGCAGACUGAUGGGAGAACAUCAAUUCAGAUGUCAAGGAAAGGAAUAUGAUGUUGGCAGUGUGACAGAUAUGGCAAUAGUUAAUAGGGAUUUAGAAUUUUAAUAAACUGACUUUCUAUGUCAUUCAUAGCAAUGGAAAGAAUUGCCAUGAAUAAUGAAUUUGUUCUUUGUGAAAAGCUGCCUUUCCAAUUUAUUCAUUUCAGUGGAAUGAAAAAUCCUUAGAGCAUAUACAGAGUUCAUUUGUUUCACCCCAAGAUGAACACUGUCUGUCAUAUCAAAGUUUUUUCUUAGAAAAAAAGCUUCUUGUAGCUUUAUAAGAUUUUUAGCCUUCUGUGCCACAGAGUGCUGGUACCUCACCAAGUCACAAAUCCUAGGAUUCUAUAGCAUUGGGCCAUGGCAGUUGAAGUGGUGUCAAUCAAACUGUAUUCAUUCUACCAUUAUUUCUGAAAGCUCCCCCAAUAAAACCCUUUAUUUUCUAUCCUUGGAAAUUACUAAAAUAAUAAGCUAGCCUGGCUCAUAGGAUUAGAGGUUGUUACUAUUAUGAUGAUAACAUUGUCCCUUCCCUGCUAGCCUUCCCAUUGCUUCUCUCUCCGAGUGUGCCUGGUUAGAUUUGAAAGUAACCUUCUGCCAUUUCACUUGCUCACUCACACACGCUGCACACUUUUGCCCUGCCCACAAGGACUAAGCAGGCCGGCUGACAGGCAGGCAAACAGCCACAGGUCCUGCUCAAGCAUGCAUGAUGCAUACCUCGCCGCACGCCACUCCCACAGACAACCCGAGAGCAGCAAAGGGGAGCCCUUGGUUUGGCAGUUCCCCAGGAGCUUACCGAACUGACUGGCAGCACAGCACCUUCUUCUCCGACAAUUCCUCAUCCCUUCUAGAAGAUGAAGAGCUAGGUAUGGAAGCCCCUAGCUGGCUCCUGAACAGCACAUCCAUUAAUGGCCACAGUGAAAUUUCAACAACGGCUCGUUUCCCCAGCUGGGUGACAUUUGACGAUGAUGAAGCCAGGUGUAUUUCACCACCAAUUGUAUCUCCUGUGAAACCAGACACACCACCAUUUGCAACACUAUCACAAGCAGCAACGGUAACAACAGCAUCAUCAAUAACAACAGCAUCUUCAACAACAGCAACAGAGAUUAUACCUGUGACCUCUAGUGCCCUCUCCUCAUCUUUUAAAAAAAGAGAGCGUCCCAAAAGUGCACUGGGUGAUCUCACUAAAGUUCAAAAACUAGAUCUUUCCUCUUUAAGCAGAUUACAUUCAGUUGAUGGGACACCUCCUUGGAGUGCUACUAAUCCAUUCCUUGAUGAAUCUCUAAGUGAUGUUCAACCUUCACCCAUCAACCCAUUCAGUUCUUUCUUUGAGGAACGGGACAGACGUUCCCAGACCUAUCUUGUUUCAGGCAAAUCUGAUAGAAAUCAGAGAGAUUCUCUCAUUCUCCAUCAAGAAGCUGACACCAUCAGCUUUAAUGAGUCAAGUAAACAUCUCAGGCACAGAGAUGCAGUUGAGCAACUAAAACAACUUCAGAUUGGGGAUCCUGAUCAGCUCAGCAGCCCAACUCUACCUGAUGAUGACCCCAGCAUACCAACACAGCUGGACAAUACCUUAUCCAGUUUGGGACCACCUCAACGAAAAGAUGGCUGGCCGAUGAUGUUGAGAAUACCAGAAAAAAAGAAUAUCAUGUCCUCUAGGCACUGGGGCCCAAUUUAUGUCAAACUUACUGAGAAUAGGUGCUUGCAGCUCUUUUAUGAGAAAGGACUGGAAAAGCCUUUCAAGGAAUUCAAACUUGAUAUCAACCAUGAAAUUUCAGAACCUAAGCUCCAGAACUAUGAUGAGAAUGGAAGGAUACACAGUGUGAGAAUAGACCGAACCACCUACAAGGAAAAAAAGAAAUACCAGCCAAAACCAUCUGUCUUGCACACAGCAGAGAGAGAACAGGUUAUCAAGUUAGGCACCACCAAUUAUGAAGACUUCCUCAGCUUCAUCAGGUCAGUCCAGGAUACACUGAUGGAUUUGCCCGCUUCAUCAACAGACCUGAGCACUGUGGGAUUAAACUACCAAGAGGAGGAGAUUACUGUGGAUGUAAAGGAUGAGUUUUAUGGCACGUUGGCAAAAGGAGACAACAGGAUUUUGCAGCAUAAUGUGUUGACAAGAGUCUAUGUUCUCACUUUUCUUUCUGGCCUAGCAGAAUGCAGGCUGGGUCUCAAUGACAUCCUUAUCAAAGGGAAUGAAAUUGUUUCCCGGCAGGACAUCAUGCCCACCACCACCACCAAGUGGAUUAAGAUGUGUGAUUGCGUUUUCCACUCAUGUGUGGAUGAAGAGGCAUUUGCCACUGCCCGUGCCAUUAUGUUUAAUCCCUUGGAUGCCUGCAGGUUUGAAUUAAUGCGCUUUAGGACUGCAUUUUCUGAGAAGACAUUGCCCUUUACCUUGAGGGUGGCAGCUAGCAUCAAUGGGGCUGAGGUGGAGCUCCAGAGUUGGCUGAUGAUGUCACCAGGGUUCUCCUCCAACAGAGACCCACUAAAUCAGGUUCCCUGUGAAAAUGUGAUGGUCCGCUAUCCAGUGCCACAGGAGUGGGUGAAAAACUUCCGCAGGGAUAGUGUUCUUGGGGAAAAGUCCUUGAAAGCAAAGGUGAACAAAAGUGCUAGCUUUGGAUCCGCCAGUGUUUCUGGUUCUGAACCAGUAAUGAGAGUAACACUAGGAACUGCCAAAUAUGAGCAUGCCUUUAAUUCCAUUGUGUGGAGGAUAAAUCGACUGCCUGACAAAAACUCUGCUUCAGGUCAUCCUCACUGUUUUUUCUGCCACCUGGAACUUGGCUCAGACCGAGAAGUGCCUUCAAGUUUUGUCCACUAUGUGGACGUGGAAUUUGAUAUGCCAACUACUUCUGCAUCCAAGGCCACCAUCCGAUCUAUCUCUGUGGAAGGCAAGUCAGAUGUCAGGAAAUGGGUCAACUAUUCAGCACACUACAGUUAUAAGGUGGAAAUAGAGCAGAAGAAGAGCUUGAAUACAGAUAUGGCAGCAGAAGACGCCAAUAACCCCAAGGACUGUGCUGUUCAGUGAGUGAAAGAUCCAUCUUCAGUUGGGACAAUAAAAUCAACAGGGCCUGAAGAAGAGAAAACACAGCAGCUUACCUGUGCAGUCAGAAGAUCCAGAAAAUAUUUAAAGGGCUGUAAGGUUGUCUUGCCCUCUGGAACCUCCUUUAGAGAGGAAAACUUUGAGAUUUGUUUACAAUAGCUUAGUGACUUUGAUAGAAGCCUGCAAAGAAUGUAGGCUUUACAGUUCGUCUAAGUCUGCCUUCACCCAUACCACUAUACUUCCUGCAGUGAAAAAAUAGUAUUUUGAGACUGCAGCUGAAGUGGUAUGGCCAUAGUCCAGUAACAAACUUUUUCCUACGCUUCCUUAAAAAAUGGCUAUUUAGUUCUCAGAAAAGAUCUCCCAGGUAGUCUGCAGCAUAACUGAGAAAAAUGAAGGGAUGAGAAAUAUACCAUGAGAUUCCUUUUUUUACCUAGUGAUACUCACAUCUCAGUGAAAACAUGUAAUGACAUUUUCAUCUCAACCCAUACAACCACUGGGCAUUCCAGUAGCUAGAAGGCAGGUCAAUUGACCUGUCCUAUUUGGCAUCUUUAAGAGAAAACAUUUAAAUAUUGCACAUUUUGUGGUUGUUGGUCAUUGAAAAACUACUUUUUUCAGUUGAUAUUAUAUGCAGGAUUAUUCCUUAGACAAAGUCAUAGUUGCCCUUAGAGGGGAUUUGGCUGAAAUUUGAUCAGUGUUGGAGGAAACAGACAUCAUCUGAACUUUUCCUUUAAUGGUUGAAUUGCAACUAUUCAUUACCUAGCUCAAUUUUUGUCAAGAAACUACAGGUCCCCUUUCUAGUGAACUUGAUGGGAAAUAGAUGUUCUUUUUAUUUGAUUGAGUUCUUUUGGCUGCUGCUGACAAUGCUAAUUUGAAACACUACAUCUCAACCUAGGAAGAUUACAGUGCAAAAUUUCUGUGUGCUAUUGAUAACUGAUGUUAUUGCUUUAUAAUAUGCAGACAUAAUGGCUUUGCUGUCAGGACUGUCUGCAUAAUAGUUACAUGCAUAUGGAAAAAUCUUCACUCUUAUUAAUGGGGGGACAUUGUGUUUAUAAUCCAAGUUUCUAGAUGAUACGGUUAUAAAAAGCCUUGGUGUACCUCAGUAGGAUGUUUGGGAUGGGGGUGGCUAGAGCCAUUUGAAUAUCUACUAGACAAAAUAAAUUACUAUUAUUAUGCUUAGCAUAUUCACACUCUAUUUCAUACAGUAGAAUUUCAGUUAUAUUUGGCUGCAUGUUGGAAAAGAAAAAAAGAAAUGGAUAAAAGGGAAGUAAGAACAUAGAGCUCUGUUUACAAUUUUUUUCCCUCUCAACAAAUUUCUACUUGAGAUAAAUUCAUAGGAAGGCCAAAGUUAAUACAAUCAUAUUUUUAAAUUAAAGAGAAAAAAUAUAGGCCGAGGCCAUAGUGCAUGGGAACAGAGUUUGACACACCUAUAUACCAUGAUACAGUUCAUAUUAAGAUUGCAUCUCCAGAGCUGCUUUUCUUAUAAGGGAAGAGCAACAAUAGCUUCAGUUAUAAAAUGAACGUUCCAUGAGCAAUUCAUAGGAAGAGCUACAGUAGAGUCUCACUGAUCCAAGCUAAACGGGCUGGCAGAACCUUGGAUAAGCGAAUAUCUUGGAUAAUAAGGAGGGAUUAAGGAAAAGCCUAUUAAACAUCAAAUUAGGUUUACAAAUUAAGCACCAAAGCAUCAUGUUAUACAACAAAUUUGACAGAAAAGGUAGUUCAAUACGCAGUAAUGUUAUGUUGUAAUUACUGUAUUUACAAAUUUAGCACCAAAAUAUCAUUAUAUAUUGAAAAUAUUGACUACAAAAAUGCCUUGGAUAAUCCAGAACCUUGGAUAAGCGAGUCUUGGAUAAGUGAGACUCUACUGUAUUUUAAAAUAUCAACAAUGCCCUUCAGAAUAGCUCUGUUACAAAGUAGUAGUUUUUCUGUUUGGACAUUCUUUUGGAGAGAAAUGACUGAUGGAUUGUAGGUGCUCCAUACUAUUGCUUCAGGAAAUGUUUGUAUCACAUUGGUAUCCCCUUCCCAAAUUUAAUUAAUUCACCAUCAAAGCCAUUUCUACCAUUAAGUAUUGUGAGGCAGUCUCCUUGGAGAGCAAAAUUUGGGUAUCACAAAAGGACAGGAGUUCCUCAUUAUUUAUUUGUUCUUGUGAGUAUUUCUUAUUGUGAGAUUUGUUAACAGUUGGCCUUCUGUAUCCAUUAAUUCUGUGUUGUUAGUUUCAACCAUCUUGAAAUUAUAUGGGGGGGGGGGGGGGAAAUCAGAAAAGGAAACCUUUAUUUUGCCAUGGAGUGAGCACGAGACUGAUGUGUAGAUGUAUUCUGCUGUAGCCUCCCACCAUUUCACAGAUCCUCAAACUCAUUUGAGUUGUUCACCAUUUUAUGUAAGGGAUGCCAUUCAAUGUACAUUAUGGGACUUGAGCAUCCAUGGAUUUUGGUGUCCUUGGGGAGUUUUGGAACCAAACCCCAGGAGAUAACAAAGGUCCAAUAUAUCAUGUGCCAAAAUAAAUUGGCUGGCUUGGGUACUACUUACCCUGGCUACUUUACAUUUAUUUUUCUACUUUAAGUAUCAAAAGGUUUUUUGUCCAUCCCUGUGCACCACAACCACAAAUGUAUCACAAAUAUCCCACUUUACAGUGCAGGAAGGAAGCACUGGCCCUACUCUAACAUGAAGGGUCACUGCAUAUAGAGUAUCACAGGUAGACCUUCUAUAUCACAUGGCACCAUGCUUAACAUACAGCUAGAGUCCAACUGUAUAUAUACACCAUUCAUUUUCAAAAAUCCAUUAUUACACUCUUCAGCCUUUUGAUGGAAAGUGAAACAGAGAAGCCCCAAGUCCAAACAGUCUUUGUCCUCUUCCAAUAGCUAACAAGAUACAGUUACUGCUUAUGAAGAGAGAUAUCUGCAAGAUGGGAUACUCCACUAUCCAUUUGGGGACACAGUUCCUUAUAGAUGGCAAAUAUAUCUGCAUUUAUCUUUUCACCAGAUUGGGGAAAACUCCUUUCAGUGAAUUAGGUUGAUACUUUCAGGUGCCAGCAAUUAAAUAUCAAUCAAAUAUUUAUUCACCUAUGGUUCAUUAAAAAUGCCCCAAAAUUAUCAUCCUAAAGGAUGUAGUGAUUUGAAUGUUGGACUAUGGCUCUGAAAACUAGUUAUAAUCCCUACUUAGCUAUGGAAACUCACUAUCUGACCUUGAACAAGUCAUAUUUUGUCAACCUUAGAAGAAGACAAUGUCAACUCCCUUCUGAACAAAUCUAGCCAAGAAAACCUUGUGACAAGUUGACCUUAUGUUGCUGCAAGUCACAAAGAGCUUGAAGGCAUGCAACAAAGAUUUAGAAGCACUUCCUGUUGGGUGGUACUCUUUGGAAAUACAGUAUGUGUGUUCUGAAUUAGAUUAUUUAUACCUUAUUUAGAAAGUCACAUUUCAGCUGCUUUUUAGAGAAAGUAAUUUAGUGGAAGAAUAUGGAAAGAAGAUAUUGUUACCUCUUACUGCAUGUGGAUCAUAGGCUAUGAGGAUUUUAAAAGUAAACAUGAGCACUUUGUGAAUUAUGCCCAAAAGGUCAAGAGAUACUCCAAGCACCAGUCUCUUACAGGAGAGAUCCUUAAGUGGAAUUCACUAUUAUAGUUAAGAAUCCAAGGAUAUAUAUGAUAGCUAGCAUCUAUAAAUUCAAAGUCAGCAGACCCAGAACCAUCCAUAAAUGAAAGGACAAGACUUCUCUUGAACUGGAGAGAUUCUUUGAAGCAUCACGGUUGAAUUGCAACUGUUGCUCAAUAACAUUGUGGAUUCACCUUCAAUUGUCUUACCCAUAUCCACAAGAUUACAGACUGUCAAAUACUUGCUAACAAAUUCUUUCUUAAAGGACAAAAGCAAUUCUCAGGUUGAGUGUCCUUUAUCCAAAAUACUUAGGACUAGAAGUGUUUUGAAUUUUGGAUUUUUCCAAAUUUUUGGGUAUUUACAUAUACGCACAAAUUGAGCUAUCUUGGAGAUGAGACCCAAGUCUAAAUAUGAAAUUUGUUUAUGUUUUUGUACACCUUAUACAUACAGCCUGAAAGUAAUUUUAUACAAUAUUUUAAUAAUUUUGUGCAAGAAACACAGAAAGGAAAAGUGUCACUAUUUUGGCCACCCAUAUAGACAAUUUGGUAUUUUAGAGUAUUUGGCAUUUUGGAAUUUCAGAUAAGGGAUGCUUAACCUGUAUUGCUAGCUGUACAGGAAGUAAUUGAACCCUCUGUUUAAUAUACUGCUGAAUACCUUUUUUAACCAUUUCUCAUAAAGUAGAUUCGGGAGCCCUUGCUAUGAUAUAUAAAGAGUUUGUGGUGUUCUCAGACUAUUUUACACUGCCUCCAUAAAGAGAAAUAGUUUUAACUUCUUGCACUAUUGUGAUUGAGUGGGUUUUUUUUACAUGUUUUGUAAGAUUUCUACCUUUGAUGUUGUACUAUGAAAGUCUACACACUGGCUGAUCCUUUAGACAUAUUAUGACUCCCCCUUCCUUUGCAACGUUUCAGAGAAAUGUCACUUUGAGCUUAAUUGUCGGAGGAACUGUUUAAUAAAUGCAAAUGAAAUUCUA